CCCCUCCUUUCCCCUAGCCCCACCCCCCUGGACGCUCUCAUCUACGGCCAUAUCCGCGCGCUGCUCGGGGCCUGUGGGCCUCGCGCCGCGCUCAUAUUCAAACCUAUAACGUAACCUAACCUUCCCCUCCCUUCCCCUAGCCCCACCCCCCUGGACGCCCUUAUCUACGGCCAUAUCCGCGCGCUGCUCGGGGCCUGUGGGCCUCGCGCCGCGCUCAUGUUAAAGCCUAUAACCACGGCGCUGCUGUUUCAUACGCUGCGGGUGGCCAAUCUCACGCAGAUGACUUUGACGCCACAAGAAGAGACCCUAGUGUCCCACGUGUCCCUGCUGCGGCAGGCCCCGGAGCGGCCCCGGAUAGUUCCCCGCAAUACCAGCUCACGCUUGUCUGCCCGUAUUCGGUCUUGGGACGGGCAACGCGGGGACAAUAUGUUUGGUUAUGGCUUCAAACCGUUUGCAAGCAAGCAAAUAAACAUAACAGUCACCAAGGACGGCCUAACAUGCCAACCUCCGACAAGACUAGUUCGCGAAGAAUCCUACGCUUGCGUAAAGCAAAUCCUAGACAAAGUCCUUGAUAACCUAGACUUUGAGAAGGAUGAUAAGGAUUUCGAUUUCGUUGAGUUUAGCAGCUCCGAAAUGGGGGAUAUGAAGACGAACUUGGAUAGGAUCGAGGAGGAUUUCUUGGCUCAUUCUGACACUGAUGAUACUUCUGAAGCCACUGAUGUUUUGGAGAAUGAAUCCGGUUCGGUUCAGGAUUCGAGACCCCGGAGCCACCGUGAAGAGCUCGAGCAGCGAGAAUAUCCGCGUUCGUAAGCUCAUGGAAUACAUUCGACAGAAAAACGCGGAGUUUAACAUCGGUCCGCAAGUCGCCGAUGUCGAUUGAUCUGUUUUUGAUUCUUGUUUUGUGUUGUUGAUUCGAAAUAUACGUG